GCUUAAUUGCACAUUCGCGUUGGAAUGUUUUAAGAUUGAAAUUUACAUAGUCUGUUGUGUCUUUCAUUUCUGCUUAUUAGCCCCUUAGCCCCUCUUUUUUUGUCUAUGUUUGUUUUUUUUCCCUGGAUUUUGGGAACUGGUUUGAGUUUUUGCUUUACUAGCUAUUAUAAUUUAUAUUUUGACAAACGUCCCAUUUAUUCAUUUUAUUCAAAUAAAAGAUAAAAUUGAGUUCAACUUCUAAUUACCAAGUUCAACAAGAGAGUUUUUUUCUUCUCUGUUUUGAGUUAUAGGGCUGAAAAAGCGGUUCCCUACUCUUUAUAUACUUAUGUUUGGUCUAGAUUGCCAAUUUUAGUACAUAUGUUUUGCUGCUUUUCAUUCUCAAAAUUUAAAUUCUGUGCCUAGGUCAAAUAAACCACUGCCACUGUGGUUAGAGUUUAUAGCUUCUGGGAUGUGAAAAACCAGAAAUUUGAAGCAAAUUUCAAAAGCAAGACCCUUUUUUUUUUUUUUUUAAUUUCCAAAGCUUGUAUUAUCAGCUCGUAAGUGAUAAACAUUGAAGUAUUGUGAAUUUGUGAGUUACCAAAUUUGAGUUUUAAAUACUGAACCAUAAGAUCAUGACUAGUGAGUUUGAAUACAUAACAGAAAGGAAACACUCAGUUGGUGUGAGGACACCUUUGUUGCCCAUAGAAGAAGAUGAUGAAGUUGCAGCUGAGAUUAUCAAGACUAGAGGAGCUUCCUUUCAUGGCUCUGUAUUCAAUUUGUCAUGCACAGUUAUUGGUUCAGGCAUUAUGAGCCUGCCUGCAACAUUAAAAGUGUUGGGGCUUGUUCCUGGUGUGGCUUUGAUUGUAAUUGCUGCUUUCUUGACUGAUACUUCGAUAGAGAUGUUGCUGAGAUUUAGCAAACCUGGCUUAGCAUUUUCUUAUAGUGAUCUGAUGGACGACGCAUUUGGAAAGAUCGGGAAGAUCUUGCUUCAAAUCUGUGUUAUUAUCAACAACAUCGGUUGCCUUAUCGUGUACAUGAUUAUAAUCGAGGAUGUGCUAUCUGGAUCAACAUCAAGUGGGGUUCACAAUUCUGGUGUUUUGGAAGAAUGGUGUGGAGAGCACUGGUGGACUGGACGUGCCUUUGUUCUUCUUGUCCUAACUAUUGUUAUAUUCAUUCCAUUGAUCUGCUUUCAACGUAUUGAUUCAUUGAGAUUCACAUCUGCUAUAUCAAUUACUCUGGCAGUUAUUUUCCUUCUUGUUGUGAUUGGUAUCACCAUAUACAAAUUAAUAACGGGAAGCAUAGAGAUGCCAAUGUGGUUUCCUAGUAUAACCAACUGGACAUCGUUUUUUAAGCUCUUUACAGCAGUCCCAGUUGUCGUUUUCGCUUAUGUUUGCCAUUUCAAUGUUCAUCCAAUAGAAAACGAGCUUGAAGAUUCUUCAGAUAUGAGAGCAAUCGUACUGUCUUCGGUUGCACUCUGUGCCACCGUGUAUGUAAUGACGGGCUUGUUUGGGUUCCUUCUGUUUGGUAACUCAACGCUUUCUGACUUGCUCUCAAAUUUUGACACGGACCUUGGCAUCCCUCAUAGCUCUCUUUUCAAUGACAUUAUUCGUCUCAGCUAUGCUGGCCAUAUCAUGCUUGUAUAUCCAAUUGUAUUUUUUCCGUUACGGCUUAACUUGGAUGGUCUACUUUUUCCUUCAGCUGGUCCUUUAACCUCAGACAAAAUGAGAUUUGCAUUGAUCAGCAUGGGACUUAUUGCUAUUAGCCUUGUGGGUGCAAUAUUCAUACCAACUAUAUGGAUAGCUUUUGAAUUCACUGGGGCAACUGUUGGAGUUUUAAUCGCAUAUAUCUUUCCUGCUUCUAUUACUCUCAAGGACCCUCAUGGUAUAGCAACAAAAAAGGACAAGAUUGUGUCUGUGUUCAUGAUCAUUGGUGCAGUGUUUUCAAAUGUUGUAGCCAUUUAUAGUGAUGCAUACUCACUUUUGGAAUAAGAGAGGCUUAGUCAAAUAUGCCUCAAGAUCCAUUUAGUAACUGGGAUUUGGUAAGUGAGGGAGAUUCGAUUCAAUACAGAUUUUAAGUUCGCUUCAAGGCAUUGUGAUUAUUUAUAGUUUCUAAUGCAUAUGGAUUCUGUAAGGGAAACUUUUCUUUCUAUGUUUAUGUUUCUGUUUUGUGA